AUGGAGGCCUUAUGGCGCCUCCUCGGAGCAUUUCCACCAAAAAGUCCACCACCGCUUGCUGGGAGUGACGAUGUCUAUCCUGUUCACAUGCUAGACGACACCAAGACGCUGCGGGACAUCGUCGUCACAUGGACCCUGCGCUUUAACGAUGUGCUAGAUGCGGACAGCCUGCACGCUUCACUGUCCAAAUUGCUGGAGAUUGGAGACUGGAGGAAGCUCGGCGGUCGGCUGAGGUUAAAGAAUGGAGAGCUGGAGAUCCAUGUCCCCCGGCCCUUCACGGCGGAACGUCCUGCGGUGUGCUACACCCACCAAGUCCUAGCCGUCAAUAUCGAAGACCAUCAACUGGCAAAGACUCUUCCCAAAGCUACCGAGGCCCCAUCCAUCCAGCCCGGGCCUCAGGAAUAUCGAGUAUUUGCGGCUCGGGAAGAUGCGCCGGCGACACUCGAAGACUUUAUCUACAAGGACACGCCCCAGCUGUCGCUCCACAUAACUUCAUUCAACGAUGCGACGCUCGUGGGUCUCUCAUGGCCGCACACACUUAUGGACGUCAUGGGUCAGCAGGCCCUCCUUCGUGGCUGGUCUCUUGUGCUAGCUGGCCGGGAGUCGGAAGUGCCGCCCAUGCUCGGAGCACGAGAGGACGCCGUGUGCGUAGCGGCAGAUGCACCCGAGGAGCCGGAGGAGUUUAGGGUAAGAGAGAAGCGGCUGAGGGGAUGGGGUAUGCUCGUGUUCGGGGUUCGAUUCGUGUGGGAUAUGCUGUGGAACCAGAUUGUUGAGACCCGGACCAUCUUCCUGCCUAAGAGGGUGGUGAGCGAGUUGAGACGUCAGACACAGGGCGACUUGCCUGUUCAGGGCAUGGGAGAGGUGAAGCCAUUUAUAAGCGAGGGUGAUGUGCUGACGGCUUGGGCAGCGCGCGCUGUGGCAUGCUCCCUGCCGCAACCACGGCCAGUGACGGUACUCCAUGCGCUCAACGCACGAUUUCGGCUCUCGUCCUUGAUUCAGGCCUCCGGUGUUUACGUCCAGAACAUGGCGGUGGCAGCCUUCACAUUCUUGUCCCCCGAGAUCGCGACGGGCCCUCUGGGACCCAUCGCUCUGGAGAACCGUCGCCAUUUAAUGGAGCAAUCAACGGAGGCUCAGGUUGUGGCCUUCCUGCGCGAGUUGCGACGGGGCUCUAAGGCCGGCAGCGACCCGGCGUUGCUCUGUGGUGAGUCUAACGCCAUACUAAUAGCCUUCACCAAUUGGACAAGAGCCGAUUUCUUCAAGGUGGUUGACUUUAGCCCUGCAAUUGUGCGUGUUGGCGAAACGGCCGAAACGAGAAGCAACCCGCCCGGCACCAUGGUGUUUCACCACGCGCAAUCAAUGCGACAAAGUCCGACAGCCAGGAACGUGUUCGUGGUGCUGGGCAAGGACAACAACGAUAACUACUGGGUGACCGGAGUCUUGCUGCCCUCGGCCUGGGCGAAGAUCGAAGAGGAACUAAAUAGGAUGUGA